GCCCUUUUAUUUUUUAUUUUGGGAAAGAAUCAACUUGUUUUCAAAACACUCAAAAAUGUUAUAAAAAUAAUAUGCUUUAUAUUAAACAUAACAAGCAUGCUUAGUUUCAAAUCAAAACAUAAACAAAACAAAAUAAAAACAUGAAAUAGGAAAAAAAAUAACAAAAUCUCAUACGGCCCCUAAAAUUUGAUGAUAACCACCGAUUGCACCGAACACCAUCACUGUCUUUACCUUGUAUUUCAUUGUUGCUCCGCUGAUGAUUGCCGCCACCACUAUAUAAAUAAAAAAAAAAAAUAAAAAAAUAAAAAUGGUCUUAAUUUGCCCUCAAGUAAUCAUAUCCUUGUGUUGACGAGGUAGUCUUAGCACAUUUGCAUGAUUCAAGAAUUUAUACUCUACUUGCGGUACUUUAAUGAGGACUGUUUUCAGAUUUCAAUUCUGAUGAGAAAAUGGAGAGGAUUAUUAUAUUGCAUGCAAGCUUGAGAAAUAGUUGGUUUUGUUAGCAUCUCAUGCCUCCUUAUGGAACACCACCUCCAUAUGUAAUGUACCCACAUGGAGGAAUAUAUGCACAUCCUACGAUGGCUCCUGGUUCACUCCCAUUUAGUCCUUAUGCAAUGGCUUCUCCUAAUGGAAAUGCAGAUGCUUCUGGUGCUUUUCCUGGUAGUGAAGCAGAGGGAAAGUCUUCUGAAGGUAAGGAGAAAAGCCCAAUGAAGAGAUCAAAAGGAAGUCUAGGUAGUUUGAACUUGAUUACUGGAAAGAACAGCGAACUUGGAAAAACUUCAGCAGCAUCAGGCAAUGGGGCAUACUCACAAAGUGGGGAUAGUGGAAGUGAAGCCUCAAGUGAAGGAAGUGAUGCCAAUUCUCAAAAUGAUUCUCCACAAAGGGCUGGAGAUGUUCAAAAUUCUUCUGAUGCUCAUGUUUUGCAAAAUGGAACUGCUCGCGAGUCAGCUCAAUCAAUGGUGGGUCAGCCGAUGACCAUUGUUCCUAUGCCAACUGGAACUGCUACUGGUCCGACCACAAACUUGAACAUAGGGAUGGACUUCUGGGGUGCAACAAACCCAUCAACUAUCUCUCCAAUUCAUGGUAAGGUCCCCACAACUGGAGUUGCAACGCCCAUGAUUCCUGGUGCUCCAUCAGAAUUAUGGAUGCAGGAUGAAAGAGAGCUUAAGAGGCAGAAAAGAAAACAAUCCAACAGGGAAUCAGCACGACGAUCGAGACUCCGUAAGCAGGCUGAGUGUGAAGAACUGGCUCACCGGGUUGAAGUUUUAAAAGAUGAAAAUGCUUCUCUUAGAGCAGAGGUCAACAGGAUCAAGAAGGAACAUGACCAACUUAUUUUGCAGAACGCAUCUCUCAAGGAGAGACUUGGGGAAAUUCCCAAAGGAACCAAAGAACUAAGCAAUGAAAAUCCAGCGGAGGAUUUCCUUGAGCAGAAUCUGGAUUCCGAUGUUAAAGGAAGAGAAAAAGAUGCAGGGCGGAAUUAAUGGCAUCCUUCCCUGUUACAGAACGCUCGUUAGAAAAGAAACUUGUUUCCUGGAUCAGAAACCUAACAUAAUUAUAAUUAGUGAACCUGCAUUAUAAGUGUGUUGUAAAUGCAGAUUAUGAUUUGAUUAAACCUGAAUGCUCUUAGUUAGCUGAAGUUUUGGUUCUGCCCUUUUCUGGGACUGGACCUGACUGAUAUUUUAACUGUCAGGUCCAAGCUUGGCAUGAACCUACUUCCAAGUUCUAUCUUUAUCUUUAUGCCCAUUUGUCAGUUGAUUUUUAUCUUUUAAUUAUGUAGGUCAUAAACUUUGAUGUGAUCAAGUACUCCCUUUUUUCUUAGGGGAGGAUGUAAUCUAUAUACUAAUCUGACAUUCUGUCAAUGUUAUGUGUUAUAGAAAUUUCAUCUUUUCA